AUGAUGUGUGCGGAUAUCACAAGACCUUUGUGUGUACUGCAGCCGACAAUCUCUCAUCGCAGGUUGGUCCGGACUUCGGCGCGUAAAACCACCAGUGAAACGUCUUUCUCGCCUCGGGUCGUCGACGUCGAAAGUUUUGAGGCGUACGGACAGAUAAUCUCAUCGCAAGAAGACGGAGCGAGAUUUUCGAUCGAGCGGAAGGAAGCAAAACUCGACUUAGCAGAAGGUGUACCGAGACUGUAUAUGAUGCGACUUCGCAAUAAAGGUGGUCGUCUUCAAUUCGAUGAGAUGAAUUAUCACGGCCUUUCCUCUCAAUCGCUCAGUUCUGUUUCAGAGCUAGACUGGUUCAUCGCUGUAUCCAGGGCUACAUUCUCAGAAGAACAAUUUCCUUCACACGAUGAUAUUGAAGUAUUUCGGAUCCCAGGACAUGUUGCCAUCAAUCUCAAUAAAGGCACGUGGCAUGCUGGUCCCCUUUUUAGCGAAGACGAGCGGGAUUUCUUAAACCUCGAACUGAUGGAUACAAACACGAAAGAUCGUUAUGGUCACAAGUAUGAGGACAGUGGAACUCGUUUCACAAUAGAACUGUGA